ACUGUCACAGAAUCCGCUUGCACGACCUCCAAAAAAACAUUCUCCUACAACGCUGCUAAUCGUCUUCUCCGCUGUUGGUAUUUUUUGCAAAUGUAUGUCGUGUUGAUUGUAAAGAUAGAAUAACCAAUCAGGUGAAAGUGCUUAAAGUUAAUGAGAAAAGAUAGGGAAACGAGUUACAAUCAAGUUUGAGACCGUGUUCGUACUGUCCAACAAUGUUGCUUUUGAAAGUGAUAUGCCUAAAAAUUAACGAUAAAGUGCUUGCUAAAAAUUCAAUUAAAAAUUAUUUUGGCCUCUUUCUUUUGGAUGCUGCGUUCAACAGCCCUGCGUUGAUUUCAAGAGUUUGUUAUUGCUUCUCCCCAACGUGCUCCAGAGGUCAUCAUCUUCUUGUUCUUUCUAGGUUUCUUAUUUUUCUCUCUGCCUAUCUCUGUAUUUUCAUUUUGUGUUGGAAUGGAUAAUGAUUGCAUGGCUAGUGAUUUCAGGCUAUGAUACCAACUAAUCCUCUUUCAAGUAGUUUGAACCUAGGCAAUAGUUGAAGUUGUGCCUGGACUGUCUUUUAUUACUCCCACGAUCUCUUAUAUUUCUGAUUUGAAAUUAUACUGUUUAAUCAUGUGAGAAAUUUAGUUGUGCAAAAGUUGUGAUGAUUUUCUUUGAAUAGAUGCAGUUAAAGGCCACAAAGAUGCCUUUAUUCUUCACUUAUCGUAAUGAUGUGUAAUUAUCUGUAUGCAUUUUGGUUUUAAUUAUUACAAAUUAAACGUUUUAACAUUUUGUGUAUGUGAAAUUUUGGAAUUUUGGUUUGGUUGAAAAGUAGAUCUGCUUGAGUCUCAGUCAGAGUUCUGGAUUUUUUUUUUAAUUAUUUCUGUUGGACUCGGAAAUGGAGAGUCACGGUUUUCUCUGCUUGCUUGAUUGGGAUAUGGUGUAUAAAAUUCAGACAGGCAUCCAUUUUUGGGAACUGAAACUGUAAGAACCGAACUUGUGAUUCAACUAAUCAGAGGUGCUAAAUGAGGUCACUAUUGGCAAGUGUGGUCAGAUGAUGGUCACUUAUGUUUUUUUUUUUUUUAUAUAUAUAUAUAUACAAUCUGCUGUUGUAUAAUUUACAGAUUACAUUCUGGAAUCAAAUGUGCACGGUGUGCUUGUGUAUGUACUGAUCAAGUCAAGGUUCAAUGUUUCCCCUUUUUGAUUAUCAUCGAAAGCAUACUUUGUUCGGCACUAGUUGAAUUAUACUUCAAUUUUGCUUCUGCUUUGAUUUACUGCCUAUCGAUGUAUUGGUCUCUAUUUGUUUAUACAUCUGUUUAUUACACGAAUCAGUAUGAGAUGGUUUGAUGAACCAAGUCGUUCCAUUUGUGAUUCAGAGUUUUGGUCGGCCGUUAUAUUUUUAUUUAGCAAAGAUUACUUGUUAGAUUUGAUUUGAUUUUUAAAACCAAAUGCACCUUUGAAUUUCUAUAUGCAAUUAAUUUCAGCAAAAAUGCAAUCCGAUGCAUUGCUAUUGGGGGACAAACUCAUACUGAGGGGAUUGACAUUCCAUGGUUUUCAUGGAGCAAAGCCUGAAGAAAGGAAGCUGGGCCAGAAGUUCUUGGUAGAUAUGGAUGCUUGGGUGGAUCUCCGUGCAGCUGGCAAAUCUGAUCACUUAUCAGACACAGUUAGUUACACAGAAAUAUAUCGUAUAGCUAAGGAAACUAUUGAAGGGACACCUCACAACCUUCUGGAAUCAGUGGCCCAAAAAAUUGCAUUCACUGCUCUGAGAAAUCAUCAAGAGCUAUCUGCUAUUCGUGUGAAGGUUGGAAAGCCUCAUGUGGCAGUUCGUGGCCCAGUUGAUUACUUGGGCGUUGAGAUUCUUAGACGCAGAAGCGAUUUGACUGACUAGAACUUGCAUGUUUACUGCUGCAGAAUUUAUAUUUCUUCAGGUUCCAUUGAACACAAAAGUAAUUACUCUUGUUUCAGUACAGCAUUCGUCUUUUGUCUUUAUCUUUUAUGAGCCUUACUAAUAAAAAUUAAAGAUGAAUGUCAGGCAUACUAUAUACUAUGCAAUUUAGCUGAAUUCUCCAAAACAAA